GGUGGGUGCGUCAGUCAGUCGGCCUGGGCUCUCUGCAGUGCACUCAGCCGCUGUGCUUCUCCUCUCGGCUCAGUGGAAACAUCAUGUGUCUGUGGGACGCCCAGAGGAACAGCCCCGUUUCUCCAGCCUGAGAGCAGAAUAAGCAGUUAAAGACGGACUGAGGGAGGAAGAAGGUGCAACAUGGACUCAACCAGAAGCUUAUAGUAGGUUGUCUAGAAGAAAAAGGGAACCGCAAGACACAGAAACGAGCAUUUUUGAGGAUAGCUUUCUGCCAUUUGGUCUUGACCACCUCAGACCUGGCUAUGCCAUGCUGGCCCAGAGGAACGGGCUACCUCCAGGCUGUAAGCCGGUUCCUCUGAAGGAUCACCCAGACCUGCGGGAUGUGGACGUGAACGCCGAAGGCUGCUGCUCCCUCUCUCCUUCCCCGUCAUCGGGAGGUUGUCCCUGGGCUCGGCUGGCCGGGGUGGACGGCUGCCUGUCAGAGCCGUACUGUCUUUGGUUCCAGCUUUUGGCCAGAGCCUACUGGGGAGAGGUGGAACUGGGGCUCACCAGUCCCAAUCGCAGCGUGUCCUGGGCUCGGCUCAGGGAAGCCUCCAGGAAGAACUGUGUACGAUCUCGGGCCAAGCAGAAGGAUGGGCGCGAUCAGAGCGAGGCGUCGGCCAUGGCUUCUCCCGGGGCCGAGGAGGAGCCGUUUUCCUGGCCGGGGCCGAAGACGCUUCACCUGCGCCGAACCUCCCAGGGCUUCGGCUUCACACUGCGACACUUCAUCGUCUACCCGCCUGAAUCUGCCGUCCACAACUCUCUGAAGGAUGAAGAGAAUGGCAGCCGAGGGAGACAGCGGAACCGUCUGGAGCCAAUGGACACCAUUUUCGUCAAGCAAGUGAAGGAGGGAGGCCCCGCCCACGGAGCUGGACUCUGUACAGGGGACCGGAUAGUGAAGGUGAAUGGAGAGAGCAUCAUUGGAAAGACCUACUCGCAAGUCAUAGCCUUGAUCCAGAACAGCGAUGCCUCACUGGAACUCUGUGUGAUGCCAAAGGAUGAAGACAUUUUGCAGCUGUUUUCCAGGGAUAUCACUGCUCUGGCGUAUUCCCAGGAUGCAUACCUCAAAGGAAAUGAGGCGUACAGCGGAAAUGCCCAGAACAUCCCUGAGCCCCCUCCUAUCUGCUACCCACGGAUAGAAGUUAAGACUGCGGGCAUGACUCAGACACCAGAGCCCACUACAGUCAGUGACACCCCCGGAGGGCCGGCUCAGGGACCAGGACGACGUGGAGGGCCCAUAGAAAAGAGUUACCGGGUGGAAAUCCCUGUUCCGCCAUCUCCUCCUUCACAACAGACGUCAAAGUCUCAGACGGUGGUGUGCGUCUGUAAUGAGAAUGUGAGGACAGUGGCCAUGCCUCUUGAUCCAGUGGACAGGGGCUCCCGGGUGGCUCGGGCUGGACCCAGCCACAGGACAGAGGAAAACCGGUACGGUUCUUCAGCAGAUUCCGGCUCAGCUAGACCCAGACCCCUUAUUCCCUCAGUACCCGGGGGUGCACAGUUGCAGUACCCCUCUUCCCGUUCCACAGAAACCCCAGUCUACUCCCCCUCCUCAAGUUCUAGACCUGGCCCGAUCUAUACUGACACAUUAUCUCCACCCGUACGGGUCCCUAUUACCCCUGCCUCUCCAGACACGUUCUCCACUGCCAUCUCACCCAGCUCCAACCACUACUCACCCUCCCCCACAGCCCCAUCCACCUCUCCACACCAAAACAUUGACUGGAAAAACUACACCACCUAUAAGGACUAUAUUGACGCCAAGAGGCUGCACACGUAUGGCUGCCGCACCAUCCAGGAGCGCUUGGACAGCUUGCGUGCGGCAGCCAGUUCCAGCUCUGCUUACACCCAGCAACGUACACCGCCUCCUUCUAGCACCAGUCAAAGAGGGGCAGUUAGUUCCCAGAUCAGACGGAGAAGCACCUCCAAUGACCGCGGGGUGGAUGCAGGUAGCCAGGGUACUGCUGUGACUCCAUUACGUAGCGCCUCCCAAGAGAGGCUUGGAGGUGGAACAGAGAGGACAAUACCAAUCAGGAAUUGGCCUCGGAGUGCUUCAGAGGAUGCCCUGCCUUUUUCCACCCCCACGGGAGUCACCAAACCUAGGGCAAGGUCUUGUGACUACCUGGGACAGCAGCCUGGAGAGCCAGGUGGGGUUGUCUUCGGAGAUAGGACAGGUUUGGAGGACAGGCUGCUGCUGUGCCGGGGAGAGGAAGCCAGAGCUAGCAGGCAGGUAGGAGGCUUGCGAGCUUUACCUCAUCUGAACAGGAGUCUCACUGGGCAGGAGGAAGAAGGUCGAGGAAGUGGAUUAUCUAACUCGCCUUUGGCUGCUCCUGUGUUUACUAAAGGUACGACGGAUUCUGUACUAACAUCAAGGACAGACAGUGUCAUUAUGAGACCAUCACGGCUGCCUGUCAAAAACUCCAUCUUGGACCCUUCACCUGCCUUAUCCUCGACUAAAACCACAGACCCUCUUAAAGACCAAAGAGCUAACAUCAUGGGCAACCACCUGGGCUACCCUUCCCCUCUGCACCUGCAGCUCAGAGGCAGGGCUGACAGUCUGAAAAUGGAAAACAGGUCAGAGACUGGAUUGGCAGCCAGGUCUUCCUCUUGCUCUGGUCCCUCCUCUAAACUACCCAUGCAGAGACAACUACAAACUGCAGUUGUUGCCUCUUCCUCUGGUUCCUCCACCACUAAUGGAGCUGUGACCCAAAAGCCAAAAGCCAACGCUCCUGUACGGACUAAUGGCGUCGAAGGACCGGAUGCAACAGUCGUUGUCUUAAGAAGGGACAAAAACUCUGGACCUCCUCACAUUCGACCUCCGUCCUAUGUACUAGCGGUUAAUGACAACAAGAGAGGAGGGACUCAUAAGUCACCGCCCUUGGUGAAGGCAGGCUCUGCUGAUGGAGCUAUGUGCUGGAUGUCUAAUGACAGCUUUAGAGAGAUGCAUCUAAGAAAGCUUGGAGACACGCGACGAAAGUCUGGCUCCAACGACUUGGAUGACUCCCUGGAUUCAAUCCCCUUCAUAGAUGAACCAUCUAGUCCCAGUACGGACCAGGACAGCACACACAUUCCCGCCUCUGCUGUGAUAUCUGGAGCGCCCACCAUCACCACCAUCCCACCCAGUCCCCCUUCUCCGUCCCCUCUCAUUCGACGCCAGCUGUCACAUGACCAAGAUUCUGGUACUAAAACAGAGCGAUCCAAGUCCUAUGAUGAAGGUCUGGAUAACUACCGGGAAGAAAGCAGAGGGAGGUCCUUGAUCCCUGGUCUGAAAGGUCUUAGGAAGGCUGUGGACAGGUCGUCAGAAGAUUCAGGGUCCAGGAGGGAUUCUUCAUCUGACAUCUUCUGUGACGCCACCAAGGAGGGUUUGCUGCAUUUUAAGCAGCUUAACACAGACAAGGGCAAGCGUGUCGGAGGGGGUAUGCGCCCGUGGAAACAGAUGUACGCCGUGUUGAGAGGACACUACCUCUGCCUGUAUAAAGACAAAAAGGAGGGGCACGCUCAUGCCAACUGCCAAGCAGUGGACGAACCCCUGCCUAUCAGCAUCAAGGCGUGUCUGAUUGACAUCUCGUACAGCGACACAAAGCGUAAGAACGUGCUGCGGCUGACCACGUCGGACUGUGAGUACCUGUUCCAGGCAGAGGAUCGAGAGGACAUGCUGGCCUGGAUCAGAGUCAUACAGGAGAACAGCAACCUGGAUGAGGAGAACGCGGUCUUCACCAGCCAUGACCUCAUCAGCAGGAAGAUUAAGGAGUACAACACCUUGAUGAGCCCAACAGGCAGCAAGACGGAGCCGUCACCCAAACCAUCACGCCAGUCGCUGAGCAUCAGACAUACGCUGCUGGGAGGUAAAGGGGAGACCAAAGCAACAAGUCCACACUCACCCAAACCUGAACAGGAGAGGAAGAACAUGCACAAAGAUGACACCAGCCCUCCCAAGGAUAAAGGGACAUGGAGGAAGGGCAUCCCGGGGCUGAUGAGAAAACCUUUCGAGAAGAAGCCAUCUCCUGGAGUCACGUUUGGAGUGAGGCUGGACGACUGUCCUCCUGCACAGAACAACAAGUUUGUGCCUUUGAUUGUGGAGGUGUGUUGUAAGCUGGUGGAAGAGAGAGGGUUGGAGUACACAGGCAUCUACAGAGUCCCAGGAAACAACGCUGCAAUCUCCAACAUGCAGGAGGAGCUCAAUAACAAGGGCAUGAACGAUAUCGAUAUCCAGGAUGAUAAAUGGAGGGACCUCAAUGUAAUCAGCAGUUUACUCAAGUCUUUCUUCCGUAAACUCCCGGAGCCGUUGUUCACUAAUGAUAAGUACGCAGAUUUUAUAGAGGCCAAUCGAACAGAGGAUCCAGUGGAGAGACUCAAAGUGCUCAAGAGGCUGCUUCACGAGUUGCCCGAUCAUCAUUACGAGACACUCAAGUUCCUCUCAGCUCAUCUCAAAACUGUGGCUGAAAACUCAGAGAAGAAUAAGAUGGAACCGAGGAACCUGGCCAUCGUGUUUGGUCCCACUCUGGUGCGCACCACCGAGGACAACAUGACCCAUAUGGUGACACACAUGCCAGACCAGUACAGGAUAGUGGAGACCCUCAUUCAAAACUAUGACUGGUUCUUCACUGAAGAGGGAAACGGAGAUCCAGUGACUAUGUCCCAUGAAGAAAGUGCGGUGGAGUCUCAGCCCGUCCCCAACAUCGACCACCUGCUCACCAACAUCGGCCGCACGGGCACAUCGCAGGGUGAAGUAUCAGAUUCACCGAAUAGUGACUCAGCUAAAUCAAAGGGUUCCUGGGGCUCAGGGAAGGACCAGUGCAGUCGAGAGCUCCUGGUCUCCUCCAUCUUUGCUGCAGCCAACCGCAAAAGAAAGAAGUCAAAGGAGAAGCCGCAGCCUAGCAGCUCAGAUGAUGAUCUGGAUGCUGUGUUCCCCAAGAAGGAAAUCCCUGGCCAGAAGCCGAACCACCACGGCCUCCAGACUGAGGUACAGAGCGAGACUCGCCCGAGCCCCAACGCUAAACCCAACGCAAAGCAACCAGUGCGAGCAGAGGAGAGGAAAGAGAACGGGAGAACUGUGGAGCUCACACCUAAAGCCAAGAGAGAGCAUAGAAACUCCUUAUUCCUGAAGGAGAAGACUCCACCCAGACACCCCUCACCGUCCCCCUCCCCUUCCCCAAUCAUCCCUGGCUACCAAACUGCUCCUCAAGGGAAAUCCUCCUUGUCGGAUCCCCCAUCCCAGCUCGAUGAAAACACCUCAGACCUCGGGACCAUGAGCUCUGGAGCGUCAGUUCCACGGUCAAGACCGAAAAAGUGGACUGCCGGAGCGACCGCUGACCUUACCGCGGCAGCAUGUGUGGGACUGGGAGCAGGUCCGGGGGCGUCCGCCGGUGCAGAGGUGAGCUCCAUCACCUCAGACUACUCCACCACUUCCUCCAUCACAUUUUUGACCGGCGCAGAGUCCAGCGCACUCAGUCCGGAGCUGCAGUGCGGGGAGGAGGCAGAUGACGAACGCAGCGAGCUCAUUAGCGAGGGACGACCCAUGGAGACGGACAGCGAAAGUGACUUCCCGGUUUUUGCCCCGGGCGGUGGCAGCAGCCAGUCUACGCCCUGCCCAGAGCAGAGUCUGGAAAAGAGCGAACCGAGAGGAGGUGGAGCAGCUGAGGGGAGCGCCACACCGAAACUGGAAGCACGGCGGCUUUUCCCUUCGCACAGGAUGAUCGAGUGUGACACCCUCUCCAGAAGGUGGUCCCUCAGACAGAAAACAGACAGUGAAUCAUCAGUGGAAGGUGUUGCUGGGAGCGGGGAGCGCAGCGAGGGUAGAGCGGAGUCUUCAACGCGGCUCUCUCGAGUCCUGGAGGUGAUGAAGAAAGGGCGGUCCACAAGCAGCCUCAGCUCGUCGUCACGCAGCGAGUCGGAGCGUCCCGAACCGGCCUGGCACCUUAAGAUCACAGAGCGGCUCAAAUUCAGGUUACGCACGUCUGCUGACGACAUGUUCACCCAGAAGAACCGAACCCCGGACGCUCGCGGGAAGAAGAAGAACAUCCGUCGGAGGCACACCAUGGGCGGGCAGAGAGACUUCGCAGAGCUGGCGGUCAUCAACGACUGGAGGGAGCAGGGCGGCGUGGACCAGGCGGCCGAACUGUCCGCUCUGGACCGCCUCAAGCCCAGAUGUUCCUCUCAGGACUUCUCCAUCCGGGACUGGAUCGCCAGAGAGCGGUGCAGAGGCUCUGAUUCGAGCGUUGAGGUCGCGCCCAAAGCCGUUCCUGAGGAUGAUCAAGCAGACGCCCAGGACGUCGCUCCGGAAAGACCUCCUCCUUCUGCGUCCCCGGGUGCACAGCCGCUAACAGGGGAGCACGUUAACGGUAGCGGGCUGCAGGGCAAAAACAAAGCCAGUGUCGGGGGGGACGCUCACCCACACAAACUGUCUGGAGCGCAAGUUGUCCGCUCACGGUUCUACCAGUAUCUGUGAAACGGCAAGAGGGGUCUUGUCUCGUGUGUUUGUACGGAUUUUAAAACCAACGGAAUGAAUGCGUGAAUGUACGAAUGUGGGUAUUUUAGCUAAGGUUACUGCACAAUAUUUUUUCUACAAAGUAUACUUUAUGUAUCUACUGUACAUACUGUGUAUAGGCUUACAUGAUUGUUACUGGAAUAAUGCUGAAGAGAUGUUUAUGUGUGUAAUUCCACUGACUUGUUGGCCAUACUGGAACAGACGUGGAAAAAAAACUCGGACUUCCUCCUGCGAGAUCGAACCCUACUAAUGCAAGAAUGUGACUUUGCUGUUGAUAUGUGAUGUUCGAAAGGACAGAAAUGGACUCUGGAUUGUUAUACAGCACUAUAAAAGGGUCAACUUGACUAUUACUGAAGAAUGCAGGAGGCUUUUUUUAAAGGAAUCAUGGUUCAGUUCUUCCUAUUAUAAGCGGUAUGAAGAAUGUAUUACUCUCUUUGGACUAACACUAGUUGCUUGUGACAAUAUUGUCAUUUUCAAAAACAAUAUGUAUGUGUUUUUUUCUUGCCUGUACUUGAAGUAUGUGGAUGUAACUGAGGGCUGCUUUCUGAGCUGGGUGCUGUGGGAAGUUUGUUUUUUCACAGUACAGUCACAACAGCCAGAUAUUAGCUUGAGGGACUGGAGGAUUAUUAUAGUUUUAUCAAAUAAAGACUGAAAAGACGUAAUGAAAUGCUGAUACUAUAGUAUGUAAUGCUUGGUACAGUAGUUUUUAUUUCCAAACUUUGUCCAGUUAUAGUCCAAAAAGUAAGUUUUUACACGACUUGUUUGUAUCUCAAAAAGAAAGUGCCUCUUUUUUUUUUCUUUUCUUUUUUUUAAACUGUUUUUACCAACAGUUGUCAAGACGAGAAGAAUUUUUAAAGCAUUUUUAGGGGAUAAUAAUCUCACAGGCAUUCCAAAUUUUUUGUUUUGUUUUGUGUUGUGGUCUUUCCUGUUUUUAGUUAAACUCACAGCAACAUCAGAGCAUUCAAAUUUAUGUCAGUGUCUACGUUUCAUUAUAGUUUUACUUUACAUUUUUAUCCCCCCAGCCCCAUUUUUUUAAAGUGCAGUAAAAUGCAUGGGCGCUUAAAACCUGGGAGAAAACAAACAAACUUAACUUUAAAACUGCAUGAGACAAUGUUUUCUGAACAGUGAACAUCUCGUCUGUGUACAGCAAAACAUGGGUGCAAUGCCCUUCCUCAACAAACACUGGAAAUAAAUAAUCUUUAUUAGAUC